UGCUGCAUACAGCGGAACGCAUCGAUCCAACCGCCUAAGCACUACGACUCUACCUAUCACCGACUCGGGCUCUUUUGUGCCAUUUCCCACGUGGUGCGGCUCUGCUCAUCUAGCUGUGUUUGAUAUAACACUUCUUUUCAUUGGCCGUGUCUACUCAGCCCUCAUCGGAGGGCGCGAGCUUUCCUGUCCGACGAGCUCUUGCGGCUGUCUCUAGGACGAGCAUCGCCCCGAUUCUGCCGUAUUUCGCCAUCUCGACAACACAUUAACCCAUAUAUUAUAUAAGACCACCGAGCCUAGUCAGCUCUUGUACAAGCCGACACAACGACCCGUCAUGGGAGACUCAGCGGAGCUUCGGUCAGCUCUCGUGUCUGGGAGCCCCGAUCACUUCGUGAGUUACACCAUAUCAGCAACGCGACACAGUCCUGGGCUGCAAGAAAAGUCACCACAACUAGGUGACUUCUCAUCUCUUGAUUUCUACUCGCUAGCUUUCCAAGAGCGUGAGACUCUGUCUAGCUUGAAGUCAUUCCAGACUCCAUCGAAAGAGCCCACGGCUAUUUCAGAAAGACCACUAUUGGGCGAUUUUUCUCGCUUGACCUCAUGUCUACCUUUUGAAAAGGCACUACAGCAAGCCCCUGUGCUAGCUGAUGCUGGCGAAGUAGCAGAGUCUCCUCUAGAGCCAUUUUCUCAGCCUUCAUCAACCUUUGCCGAUGCCGAGACUUCCCGGGUGACUCUGAAGAGCUUAUUCGGAAACACUCGCUCUGGCAAGAUCACAAAGCUCGGAGAUGGACUAAGGGGACUGGCCAGCGAUCUUGCGAACUCGUCAGAACCAGAACCGGAUCUAGAAUUUGAUUCUGACAGCGGACUCAGCUCUGCCAGCAAUAUACCAUGCACUCCACCCCAAGACAGUGCCAUAUCCUGGAGCCAGAAGCACCGCAAGCCCUACGUCUCAGCACCCAAGCCCGUUUACCGCUGGCGUCUCGGUUCGGAAGAGCCGAAAACCGUCAAGCAGAAGAACAUUGAAUUUUUCAAGGCAGAAACGAGUCGCGAUCGCAUGGGACAAGAUUUGCUGGACCAGCUGGUCGUAAGAGACAGCGAGAUCCAGCAGCAAAAUCCCGACAUGUGCGACAGAGGCAUUCACGUCUUCCUUGAUCAAUCGAAUAUUCAGAUCGGCUUCGUGCAGACUUGGCUAGCGGCGCAUGGUCUUCCCAAGAAUGCACACGUCAGCCCCAUGCCCCAGAUGAGUGUCAGGGCCCUCAACGAUAUUGUUGGUCGUGGUCGCGUCCACAAGACACUCUCAUCCUGCUGCUCUACCCAGAACAACGGUCGACAGCCCGAAUGGGGGUUUGACCUCCUUGCUCACAAGUGGACUGUCGAGGUCCGCGAGCGUAAGGCACUGGGCGACGGUACCCAUAAGGAGGACCGUGUCGAUGAGACUCUUCAAGAGCAGAUGCGGGAGACAUUGGCCAAACAAACUGCAACCUCAACGACCUUUAUUGUCAUAACAGGCGACGGCAAACCAGCUGAGCACUCGCCGGGAUUCGUGGCUUGCGUCAAGGACAUUCUUGCGGCAGGUCAUUACGUGGAGGUUGUUAACUGGAACCUCAGCUGCUCCCAGGCCUGGAAAGAUCUGGCGGCAGACGAGGAGUAUGGCGAUCAUUUCCGCCACUACUACCUGAACAACUUCUUGCAGGCUUUGUGCAGUUGAAAAGUAUGUGGCCGCAUGUUUCGUCGAAGCAAGGGCUGCGUGACAGCGCCCGUGACUUCCUCGAGAUGCUACGCGACCAACUUCGACGUUCAAUGCCUGUCUUCACCACUGUACCAGCCUAGAUGUCUAGAUCUUGCAUCUCAUGGUGUCCAUUCGCCUGGACCAUGUUACAUACGGACUACGAUGCGCACCAUGUGGAUGUGCAGGUUGUGAGUUUGUCUCAAGGGACAUGGCCAUCUGCUUUGACCUUCAAAACAGACCUGCGCCAAUGCCGGUACAUGGUCGCAGUUCAGGCUUAGCCACAAAUCAUUAGGGCACUAACAGGCUUUCAAUACUAAUGUAUCCCGCUCAUUCUCUACCAUGAUGAUUAUGGCCUACCCAUC